AUGAUCAUUCUGGGUGUCAUUGUUAUUUUUUUUAAUAGCUUUUGCAAAAUAUAUUUUCCAUAUUAGUAGCCUUUAUUCUGUAUUCACGUUUGACACGAAAACUCAGGAUGAUCCCGACAGAGGAUGCGUCCGCGAGGGAGAUGGAGGACAAACAAAAGCAGGUCAGAAACACGAAGUCGAAUGAGAGAGAGAGAACUCCCCUGAACUUUCAUCCAUUCGUCUGUAAUCUGGGAACCCCUGGAUGUGAUCAAUGGAACAGAGCAUAUAAACAUGCCGACAACCAUCUGUGGAGAUCAGUGGACAACGGGCCGGACAAUGGGCUGGACAAAGGGCCGGACAAUGGGCCGGACAACGGGCCGGACAACGGGCCGGGCAACGGGCCGGGCAACGGGCCGGACAAAGGGCCGGACAAAGGGCCGGACAAAGGGCCGGACAAAGGGCCGGACAACGGGCCGGACAAAGGGCCGGACAAAGGGCCGGACAACGGGCCGGACAACGGGCCGGACAAAGAGCUGGACAACGGGCCGGAUCCGAAAAGACGCAUGGUUUCCAAGAAAACGGCCACUGUAAUCGAUGGGGGCUCAGGGCGGUACCAUUCUGCUCAUCUGAUGAAGGUGCACAUGGAUCAGAUUCAAACUUUGAAGACCAAGAUCGAGUCAUUGGAGGCAGAGCAGCAGAACAGAAACAUUAUUGGAGGGCAUAGAUAUGGGCGACAGCUGAUGCAUUGGUCCAGAGCCAGGCGGUAUUGGAGGAGAGACUGGCGGAGAAUGACGCGUUGAAGAGGGCGAGGAACGAGAUGGAGUCACAAUCCAUGUCAGGCACACCUGUGAGCUCUGGAACUCCACCUCCGACAGGCAGAGUCAACAUACCUGGCUGGUUCAUCAGGUUGUCGGUUCACCCUGACAUUUCCAUUCCUCUUCUGACAACAGAACUUGACCAACUGCUCACCAGGGACUGCAAGGGCCGUCCGGACCAUUAUCUUGUUCUGCUAUAGCCCAAUAAACAAAUGCAUGUGGCUUAUAUCUUCAAAAAUAUUUAAAUGCUUUAUUAUCCAAAUGUGAAAGCAUUUACUGUACAGUACUGUAUUUCUUCAUCAGCAUCUUUAUGUUUUUGUUAAUCAAAUAAUGAUAAAAAUACUCUUUCAAAAUGCUGAUGUUUCUU